AUGCGACUCAUGAUUUUCCGCCACUCGCGGCUCAUCACAUUUAUCAUCAUUUCCUUGAUGGGCGGCUUCUUCCUCUUAAUUUACUAUGAGAAGAAUCUCUCUGCUACCGAUCAAGAACCAAAACUCGUCGCUGGCAAACCAAAUCCUGCUAUCUUCAUGCCCUAUGCCCCAUUAUUAUUCAAGCCACCCUUGAAAAUUCCACAUGAUCCGAAGGAUGUAGGACAAAAAAGUGUAAAUUUGCGAGUUCAGGACGUCCAAUCGAAUCAAAUGAAAAUACCUGUUGGACAGGAGCUAGAACACACUGCUCAUGUAUCUAAAAGUCCUGAUAUGAAGCAUAAAGAUCCCGAGUCGAAGUUGUCUAUGAAAAUCCUCAACGCCAAUCUGUCGGCAUCAAUCGUCCAACCGAAUCUUGGUGAUAACAAAGGGAAUCGCGGCGUUCUUGACACGCCUCAACAGGUCGAGGCUGAUUCCGAGUUCGACUAUCUCCGUCCACUAGAGCCGCCAGAGAUGAGCAACGCCGAUAGCCGAGGACCUGGUAAGCACAAAGACGACGUAAUGUUACUGCCGUUAUCGAAGCCCAAUCCAUUAGCAACCAGUCCCUAUACUUUUAUACGCAUUAUUGUGACCUAUCAAAAGCCUUUUUACAAGUUCAGCAUACAUUGA